ACGUUAACCAUAAUAACAACCCUCGUCAAUGUGCCCGGAGUCUUUUUUCAAGUUGUAUAUUUUCAUUAUUUAAGAUUUAUGUCAUCGAGCAAUACCAAGAAGGAUCCUUGCAAAGCUAACGCCUGUAAAAUUCAAGCUUGUUUGAAAGAGAACAAUUAUCAGGAGGAAAAGUGCUUGGAGGUUUUGGAGCAAAUGCGUUUAUGCUGUUUGAAGUGGCAUGCAACUUCUCUGUGUUGUUCUGGCAUUGAUUUAAAUCGUUCAUAUUUACCAGAUAAAUCCGCUAGAGAAUCCAAAGAAGGAAAAUUAUAG